CGCUCAGUACUUCCCUCUACCCCCCCCCCACACACACCCCUGUCCUCUCUCUCCCUCCCUCCCUUCCGUGAGGUCAGAGCAGACUCCGCCCAAUGCAAGCCGGCCUCUGGCACUGGAGACCGCGAGGGCGGAGCGAAGAGAACGCUCAGAGCCGCGCAGCGCUGGAGUUGAGGCGGCAUCAGCUGAGGACGGAGCGACGGUCGUGGCAGGAAAUAGUUCCUCAAGAUGGAGGAUGGGAAGCCUGUUUGGGCUCCACACCCAACUGAUGGGUUUCAGAUGGGGAGCAUUGUGGAUAUUGGACCUGACGGUUUAACGAUUGAACCUGUAAAUCAAAAGGGCAAGACCAUUUUUGCUGCUAUCAGCCAAGUCUUUCCCGCAGAGGAGGACAGUAAGAAGGAUGUGGAGGAUAAUUGUUCCCUAAUGUAUUUAAAUGAAGCUACCCUCUUACAUAAUAUAAGAGUUCGCUACAGCAAGGAUAGAAUUUAUACUUAUGUAGCCAACAUCCUGAUAGCAGUGAAUCCUUACUUUGAUAUACCAAAACUUUACUCAUUAGAUGUUAUUAAAAAGUAUCAAGGCAAGUCACUAGGAACACUGGCGCCUCACGUUUAUGCAAUUGCUGACAAAGCCUUCCGCGACAUGAAAGUGCUCAAGAUGAGUCAGUCGAUCAUUGUGUCUGGUGAAUCAGGAGCUGGCAAGACAGAAAAUACUAAAUUUGUUUUACGGUAUUUGACUGAAUCUUAUGGUAGUGGACAAGAUAUUGAUGACAGGAUUGUAGAAGCCAAUCCACUACUAGAAGCAUUUGGAAAUGCAAAGACUGUUCGUAACAAUAAUAGUAGUCGUUUUGGAAAAUUUGUAGAAAUCCAUUUCAAUGAAAAGAAUUCAGUUGUUGGUGGAUUUGUGUCACAUUAUCUCCUGGAGAAAUCCAGGAUUUGUGUUCAAGGCCCAGAAGAAAGGAAUUACCACAUAUUCUAUAGGCUCUGUGCUGGAGCCCCUGAAAAUAUAAGGGAGAAAUUGUAUUUAAGUUCACCGGAUAACUUUAGGUAUUUAAACCGUGGAUGCACUCGCUACUUUGCUACUAAAGAAACUGAUAAGCAGAUUUUACAGAAUCGCAAAAGUCCUGAGUAUCAAAAAUCAGGUUCCCUGAAGGACCCCCUGCUAGAUGACCAUGGAGAUUUUAACAGAAUGUGCACUGCAAUGAAGAAGAUUGGGCUUAAUGACGAAGAGAAGCUGGACCUCUUCCGAGUGGUGGCUGGUGUUUUACAUCUGGGGAAUAUUGAUUUUGAAGAAGCUGGCAGCACAUCUGGUGGAUGUACACUGAAAAAUAAAUCUGCCCAGUCUCUGGAAUACUGUGCUAAAUUACUCGGCUUGGAUGAGGAUGAUCUCCGUGUGAGUUUAACCACCAGAGUCAUGCUGACAACAGCAGGGGGCACCAAAGGGACGGUUAUCAAGGUUCCAUUAAAAGUAGAACAAGCAAAUAAUGCACGUGAUGCUUUGGCAAAAACUGUCUAUAGUCACCUCUUUGACCAUGUGGUCAACAGGGUAAAUCAAUGUUUCCCAUUUGAGACGUCGUCUUUUUUCAUUGGUGUUCUGGAUAUUGCAGGUUUUGAAUAUUUUGAACACAACAGCUUUGAACAGUUUUGCAUUAAUUACUGUAAUGAGAAGCUACAGCAAUUCUUUAAUGAAAGGAUCCUUAAAGAGGAACAAGAACUUUAUCAAAAAGAAGGUUUAGGUGUUAAUGAAGUACAUUAUGUGGAUAACCAGGACUGUAUAGAUUUGAUUGAAGGAAAAUUGAUAGGAAUUCUUGAUAUUUUGGAUGAAGAAAAUCGCCUUCCACAGCCAAGUGAUCAACAUUUUGCUUCAAUGGUUCAUCAGAAACAAAAACAACAUUUCAGGCUAUCAAUACCCAGGAAGUCUAAAUUGGCUGUUCAUCGAAAUGUUCGUGAUGAUGAGGGAUUUAUUGUCAGACAUUUUGCAGGAGCAGUUUGCUAUGAGACGACCCAGUUUGUGGAGAAAAACAACGAUGCUUUGCAUAUGUCUCUGGAAUCCCUUAUAUGUGAAUCCAAAGAUAAAUUUAUCCGACUACUUUUUGAGUCCAACACUAACAACAAUAAGGAUACUAAGCAAAAAGCAGGAAAACUAAGUUUUAUCAGCGUGGGCAACAAAUUCAAGACUCAACUAAACCUGCUUCUGGAAAAGCUUCGUAGCACUGGAUCAAGCUUUAUUCGAUGCAUCAAACCGAAUCUAAAGAUGACCAGUCACCAAUUUGAAGGCGCUCAAAUCCUCUCUCAGCUCCAAUGUUCAGGCAUGGUGUCUGUUUUGGACUUAAUGCAAGGUGGUUUCCCAUCACGAGCCUCAUUCCAUGAACUUUAUAACAUGUAUAAAAAAUAUAUGCCUCCAAAAUUGACCCGUCUGGAUCCGAGACUCUUCUGCAAGGCUCUCUUCAAAGCCCUUGGUUUAAAUGAACAAGAUUAUAAAUUUGGAUUAACAAAAGUGUUCUUUAGACCUGGCAAGUUUGCAGAAUUUGAUCAAAUCAUGAAGUCUGAUCCAGAUCAUCUUGCUGACCUGAUUAAACGUGUGAACCACUGGCUUCUCUGCAGCCGCUGGAAGAAGGUUCAGUGGUGUUCUUUAUCAGUUAUCAAAUUGAAAAACAAAAUCAAGUACAGAGCAAGUGCCUGUAUUAAAAUACAAAAGACAAUUCGUAUGUGGCUAUGCAAGAGAAGACAUCAACCACGCAUAGAUGGUUUAAUAAAGCUUCGCACGCUGAAAGAGAGGCUGUAUAAAUUCAAUGAAGUAGUAACUGCUCUCAAAGAGGGAAAGGCAGAAAUGAGCAAGCAGGUCAAGGACCUUGAGAUGUCCAUUGAUGCUCUGAUGGCCAAGAUCAAGGCCACUGUCAUGCCUAGACAACAGAUUCAGAAAGAAUAUGAUGCCCUAGUUAAAAGCUCUGAGAAACUUUUGAGUGCCCUUCAGAAAAAGAAGCAGCAAGAGGAAGAAGCCGAAAGAUUGAGACGCAUCCAGGAAGAAAUGGCAAAAGAAAGGAAAAGGCGUGAGGAAGAGGAACAGCGUCGGAAAAAGGAAGAGGAAGAAAGGCGACUGAAAUAUGAGAUUGAAGCAAAGAGAAAACUGGAAGAAGAAGAAAGGAAAAAGAGAGAGGAUGAAGAAAGAAGAAUUCAGGCUGAAGUUGAGGCUCAGCUGGCUAGAGAACGUGAAGAAGAGAGUCAGCAGCAAGCCAUUCUCGAACAAGAGCGCAGAGAUCACGAGCUGGCUUUGCGAAUUGCCCAAAGCGAAUCCGAGCUCAUCAACGAUGAGGCUCAGCUGGACCCAAGUUUGCGCAGAGGACCUUCAGUUCAAGCUACCAAAGCUGCAGCUGGCAUUAAAAAGCAUGACCUUAGCAAGUGGAAGUAUGCAGACCUGCGAGAUACAAUCAAUACCUCUUGUGAUAUUGAAUUGCUGGCAGCUUGCAGAGAAGAAUUUCAUAGGCGGCUUAAGGUUUAUCAUGCCUGGAAGGCCAAGAACAAGAAACGCAAUACUGAAAUGGAACAGCGGGCUCCCAAAUCAGUGACUGAUUAUGAUUUUGCACCAUUUAUGAACAACUCAACUCAGCAGAAUCCAGCAAGUCAGUUGUCCAUUAGACAGCAGCAGGAGAUUGAAAUGAAUCGGCAACAGCGAUAUUUCCGAAUUCCUUUCAUCCGCCCAGCAGAUCAAUACAAGGAUCCUCAGAAUAAGAAAAAAGGCUGGUGGUAUGCUCACUUUGAUGGACCAUGGAUUGCUCGUCAAAUGGAACUUCAUCCUGAUAAGCAACCCAUUUUGCUAGUAGCUGGCAAGGAUGACAUGGAGAUGUGUGAGCUGAAUCUUGAAGAAACUGGCCUGACUCGUAAGCGAGGUGCUGAAAUUUUGCCACGGCAGUUUGAAGAGAUUUGGGAACGCUGCGGUGGAAUCCAGUAUCUUCAAAAUGCAAUUGAGAGCAAACAAGCUCGGCCGACUUAUGCAACUGCUAUGCUGCAGAACUUGUUGAAAUAAAUAGUUAUUUUGCACCUUCUGAGUACAGCGGAACUUUUAACAUUCCAUAAUCAUGUAGAGAUGUUUAAUAUAAACCGAUUUUACUAAUGUGUCGAUUUUUAGUUUGUACUUUUGAUGUCUUAAUUUGUGUAGUGAGCUCAUUCAUUCUCAAGAUCUAAAUUUUUCUUUCAGUCAAGUAUGUUGUUUGCUUUAGGCCAGCAUAUGAUAAUACAAAUAAUACUGUAAUAUAGAGCAGAAAUGGUAAAUCUACGUCUCUCCUAUUGUACUGGGUUCCAACAUCUGUCAACCCCAGCUAACACAGUCAGUGCUAUGGGGUAAAAGUCAAGCAGUGGUUGGAGAACUAGAGACCACAAUCCCUGAUGUAGCAUAACAUACUACCAAUAUGUAGUUUAGUACUACCCAAAAUGGCAUUUUAUCUUCUGUAACACACUUCCCAGAUACUAUCUGGAAAAAUGAGUUUCCACAAAGUAGAAGAAGCCGUGUUUUCUUUACACUAGGCUAACUAGAACUGUGAGGCCUUAAUGUUCUUAAUAUUUAAUGUACAGAAGUUAAAGUAGACUCCUAUAAAGGUGACAGAUAACCCUUCAACAUCACUUGCAAACAAGUAUUUUGGGAAAAUGUGUCUUAAGGUAGAUCGCCGGGCGUCAUAUAUGGAAUAUAGAAAAACUUGAGCCUAAAGUGCUUUAGCAAUUCCGAACUGAAACGGUCUGAUGCACUUUUAAGCAGUUAUGCAUGUGUGUGUUUGUCUUCUUUAUUAAACUGCUUUAUUUUAUUUUUUUUACAAAACAGGUUCCUUCAGACAAUUCAUGUUUAAUUUUUUGUCAUAACUGUUUUGGGAAUCCUUUCUCAGUCAAAGUGAAAUAUAACUCAUAGAGAUGGUUCAAUAUAUACCAUGUUUCCCUGAAAAUAAGACCCUGUCUUUUAUUUUUUGAACCCUGAAAUAAGCAUUUGGCCUUAUUGCCAUGCGUUCAAAAGCCCAAUUGGACUUAUUAUCAGGGGAUGUCUUAUUUUGGGGGGAAACAGGAUAUAUAUAUCUGCAGAUAUUUAUGGCUGGAGCCAUCAGAGAAAUGAACUCCCUGAAUUAUGCCAGCAAAGUUGAAUUUGAAUAUGGGGACCUGUGUUGUCCUUCUAUGCAUCACUGAAAUAAAUAUGGAUUAAGUAGAUUUUUUCCCCCUCACUCCUCAUGAAAUGGCAGAAACCCUGGCAUUUCUUGUUACAACAUGCUGCUUCAAAUUGUUUAACUUCAAAGUGUUCAAGUUUUUUUCCUCUCUCCUAAUCUAAUAGAUCUUUUCUUGUUGCUAAUCCCAAAUUCAGGUUUUGUGGGCUUUUCUUUUCUGCAGGGUUUCCUUAACAGUAAUUAAAAUACUUACAGCAGUUAUGUCUUUCAGACAGUUUUAAAUUGCCUUUGAUUGAUGAUGUUGCAAAAUAACCUAAUGUCAGCAUAACAAAUCUUGGUGUUAUCUCCGUUUUGGGAUCUUUAGAGAAAUUAAGAAAUGUCACUUAAUAAAAAAAAAUACAGACCACACUAGGAGAGAGUUUAUUUCCUUUAUUAGAGUAAAUUCCGUUUCUCAGCUCUGGUUUUUAAAUCUUCAAAUAAGAAUUUUAAAAGAAGAAUGAGCUGAGUUUACAUUGGCUACUAAGUUUUGACCAGAAUGGGUUUAAAAAGGAAAACAUAUUUAUAAAUCUAAGCAAUAUUCUUACUAUAUUUAAGAUUAUUGAGAUCAUCAGUUUAUGAUUCCCAUGUGCAAGUACGAUUCUCAGACCCUAAUGCAGCAGUUCAAAUGUAGGCAGCUUUGACAGGCUAAACUGUCGGCUAAACUUGGACAAUUGUCUACUCCAUCAAGAUAAUCAACAAGAUCAGAUUUGUCAAAAUCAAAAAUAUAUUUCACCAGUGAAAGCUCUUCAGCUUGCAGUAAGUAUUUCUACUGCUCCUUUCCAUUCCAUAGGCAAUCUCACUACCAGUGAUAACUUUUCCAAAUUAUAAAGAUAGCAGAAGAGAAUAAAAAAGGGAAUGCAAGCCAAGUCAUUAGUGUAAAUCCACUUAGGGGGCUUUGAAUCCAAAUGGAUGUUUGUAUCCUUUUGGUUUGGCUAUAAAGUUCAAGAAAUCAGAAAUCAUGCAAAUGGUUGGGGGGCAGUUGCGAAGAAAGGAAUAUGCAUCACUUGCCCUAUCACAAUCUUGCUCUUUCUCUCUCUUUCCUUCAAAGCAUUAGGCUUGCACAGAAGAACUUCUGGUGGGUCUCAUGAAAAGCCUCCAAAGGCUGAAUAGAAUUUGUAGAGUCCAUAGUAAAAGCCCUGUUUAGAUUGGUUAUGCAAGAAAAUAUUUAUUUGUAUGUUAAAUCCAUAAAGAUCUCUCCAUGUAUCAAUGUAACUGAUAUUAAUUUUCAUAGUGUAUUAGAUAAUUCAGAGGCAUAUGCCAGAUAUAUAUGCAGCUAGGUGGCAAAGUUUAGUUGACUUUGAUUGAUCUCAACAAUCUAAUCAGGAUAACACCUAAUUAAUACUGGAUGAGAAUCAGGGAAUACCAGGACUAGGAAGGUGUGGGAAACCACUUCCAUAUUGCUGCUACAAAAGAUUACAUGAUAUUACCAGAAACUGAGCUUGAUUUGAAGGAUUUGACUUAAAUAUAUGUUCAUCACAGAUCACACCCAGCUUGUUUCCUUGGUUCAUUUGUGCCUUUGGUUUCAGUGGGAGGCUACAUUAAAGGCAUUGCAGGACAUCAGCAGUGUUUUUAUGUUAAAAUUUGAGAGGGAGGUUGAUUUUUUUUUUCGGAAUAGCAAUUAAAAGAGAAAGUUGUUUCAUUUCUUGCAUGGAAACUAUGACUCCAUUGACAGUCCCCAACUGUUUUACUUCUAAUUAAGAAUGACAAUAACUUUUAUGUGAGGAAAUGCAGCAUGGAGAAAUAUUGAUAGGAAAAGUAGUUCUCAAAAAAUGAGAGAGAAUGAGGAAACCCAGCCAAACCUAGAAUCCUCUAUAAUUGUACUGUCUUGUAAAACUACUGUAUAGACUGUGUUGAGCACCUCAAUCAUAGCUAAGGCUAAAACAGAUGACCAUAUUUUAAAAUAAUACUUGAGGGGGUCCUUGUUGCUCUCCGAGCUUGCUAGUUUUCUUGUAGACAUUUCAUUACCCCAAUUAGGUAACAUUACCAGUGCUAGUAAGGAGUGCUGUUGUAAUACUUCUUUAAUAUUUUGGAUUAAUCUGAUUGUCCUAGAUGUGUCUGCAGUUACAUCAAUUGGUUACUAUAGUGGGAUAACAGUUGGUAAGGGGUUGGCACCUUGAUGCAAAUUUUCUAAAUUCCCAUCAUAGGAGGAAUUGAAUUGAAAAAGAUAUGACAUUGUUUUCUAUAUAAUAUUUAAUGAGCAGGUGCCAUUAUCGCCAAUUAACCUGAUUGGGGUUCCUUCAAAUACACAUUGUAUUAAUAUGUUUGGCAGAUGCAUACAGCAUCUCUUUUUUGCCCCCAACAUCUGGCCAGAGAUUUCAGCAUAAAGAUGAAUGAAAAUGAUAGUUCCUCAACAGAAAAAAAAUUAGAGACUUGUUGCUUCCUGUGUAUUUGUGAUGUGAAAGCCCCAAGAUACAAAAGUAGGUAGACCUCCAGAUAAUAUAUUUACUUGUGCAACUGUGAUGUGGUUUCAAAGUACAGUGAGUCUUGGGUGAUGGCUAUUCUACCUCUGCAGGCCAUCAUAUUUGCUUGCAUUUGCUAAAUGAGGAAUAUACAUACAUCAAUCUACUCUCAAUCUCAUAAAUAAAGCAACCCUAGUUCCAUGACCAAGUAGAUAGAGUAUUAUGCAAAAGUUUAGGUACUGCUCAUCAAAUUUAAUAUUUCAGUGUACUACAUGAACAGAAACUGACAUAACUUCUAUAUAAUACAAAGUUAAACACAAUGACUGUCUACAAAAUUCAAUUGCAUACUUAAAUAUAUAUGUGCAAAUGUUUACCAAAUGUUUACUGUAGCAUCACCUUUGUCAGAACAGCUUCCAAAUAGCUAACAGUUUGUCUAUUCUUGUUUUUAGAGUGUUUUUCCUACUCUUCCUUGCAGAAUUUAGAAAUAUAUCUCUUGUGUGUUACAUGAUUGAUUGUCAAUAUUAUUCAGUUCUGGGAACUAUCCCUUCUUUUCCCUUCAAGAGAUCAUGCCUGAUUUGGAGAUAAUUUUAGAUAAUUUCCUUGCUAAAAUUUCUAACUAAAGGUAGAAGGCUUCUAAAAUUCAUUAACAUUUACUUGAAUCCAUCUUUUCUUUCCACCUGUACAAUAUUUGCUGUGCUUCCAGGUGCAACACAACUCCAAAUAUAAUAGAGCCAUCCCUGUAUCAACAAUGUGUUCUUUUCUUCAAAUGCUUCACCAUUUUUGUCCAAAUUCAUCCCAUGUUGGUAUAGCUUAUCAAGGUUUUGUUUUGAUACGUGAGAUGCUGACUUUUGUGAUAAUUUUAGUAAAAAGGUUUUCCUUCUUCCAUGAAGAUAACCAUUGUAUAUUCAGUGCUGUUAUGUAGAGCAGCUACUCCAGAGAAACCUUCCAGUAGGUCUUCAUAAACCAGUGGUUAUUCUUAAGUGUAAUAUAUAAUAGAUUUUCUUCCUUUCUUUUUUCCUUUCUUUUCCUUGUCCGGGUUUUGCUGUUUUCUAUUUUUUUAUUUUAAGAUUAAAGAUUGUUUUGCUAAUUGUAUAUGCAUAAAAUAAAUUCUGAAAUAAUUCUUAAGUUAUUUCUUGUGAUUGUGAGUUCAGUGCAGAUCUCAACUCUAGUAGAGAUUUUACUUGGGCUUCUAGUUCUCACCUUGCUAUCAACAAUUCCAUAUACCGUACUUUUCGGAAUAUAAGACGCACUCCCCCCCCCAAAAGUGGGUGAAAAUUGCAGUGCGCCUUAUACACUGAAUGUUGCUGAAGCCCCGCCCAUCUGCCAGCCCCCACCCUUGGGCCAUUUUUGGUCUCCAUGCAUUGCAUUUUCGAUCCCUGCCGCCUGGAACUGGCAGAAAAUGCGACACGCAGAGGCCAAAAACGCGACAUGUGGAAACGGCGAUAGUCUCUGGCUAUCCCCGCACCCUGGAACAGUUGAUUGGCGGUAUUCUGGGAGGCUGAUCCAACUGCCAAUCAGCUGUUUGUGCUAAAUCAGGAUGCAGUAACCUGCUGAAGCUUAUCAGGCUGUUUGCUUCAAGGACGCUACCUAGAUGAAUACAGAUGGAUGCUGGUAGGCAUAGGCAGAGGUUUUUUUUCCUGUUUUCCUCCCGAAAAACUGAUAUGCGUCUUAUACUCUGGAGUGUCUUAUACUCCAAAAAAUACGGUAACGUCUGUAUCUUAACAAUAUUUUUAGCUGUAAAGCAUUAUCUGAAAGCACUUCAAGAUUUUAGUAUAAUCCUCCUCUUCCUUGUAAUGUGAAUUAUCUUCAUUUGCACACACUCAGAUCCCUGCUUAGAGCCCUUAGUUGGUAAAAAUAAAUAGAACAUUUAUAACCUGACAGGUUAGAAGAGUCAGACUAUUCUUCACCUGUGGAAUUGGUGUCUCCUGGCUAAAUGUACAAUACAUUUGACAAGUUAACCACUUUCUGAUUAUCUCAUUAACAACUUUACAGUUUUAGAAAAAGUAGCAUCAAAUCAGUUAGAAUGGUGCCCAAAUUUCUGUACCUGCCAUAUUAACAGUUUUCUUAUUUUCAUUUGGUAAAUAAUGGUACAAAAUACUUAGGCAUGCAUUCAAAUAUGCAGAAAUAUGUCAUGGUUAAUUUUGUACAAUGUAGAGAUUGUGUCAGCUUCUAUUCCCUUAUGUAUUCUUGAAACAUAUGUCGACCAGCAGUAACUAAAUUUUGCAUGCAAUUCUAAGUCUGCAUACAACUAGCAGUUCUCUGAACAGCGCAGGAUUCUCAAUAUUACUUUGGAAAUGUUCUUCUCAUCUGUAAUUGUAUCUUUUUCAUCUCUGGCUUAUUUCCCACUAAACUGUUCCAAGUACUUUGUCAAAUAACUUUGAUUGUGUACUGCAAAUUAUAACAAAAUAAAUUCACUCUGUUGAUCUUUC